GUGUGUGUGCUGCCGGCUGGAAUUUCGCCCUCUGACGUCACUGCCUGUUACUCUCCCAGACUUGGGAAAAAGAAGUUUCACUUUAAGUGGGGAUUUGAAACUCUGUGAUUCUUAGAAAGCAAGGUCUGUGAUCAUCUGGUAAUUUGUUUUUGCUCCUGAAAAAUAAUCAGAUUUCUUGACUCCAGAAAUAUGUGGGGUGGCCAUAAUGAUGGGGACCAGCAAGGUCAUGUGAGUGCACGAAUGGAGACCAGCUUACCCAUGGGUACCACCAGUAUUUCUGUAUCCCAGCAACAGGCUCCUAAGAAGUUUGCUCCUGUUGUGGCUCCCAAGCCCAAGUUCAACCCCUAUAAACAACCCGGGGAUGCAACACACGAGGGAGCUGAAGACUAUCCCCCACCUCCUCCACCUUUCAUUGACACCAGCAGACUCCCAUCUCCAUCCAGCUUCCCACCUCCCCUGCCAAUGGAUGAGGCCUCCCUCGGCUUUCAGCUAAAAGGACCUGAGAAAACUCUAGAAGAGAGACGUUCUAGUCUGGAUGCUGAGAUCGACUCUCUGACCAGCAUCCUGGCCGACCUAGAGAACAGCUCACCAUACAAACCAUGCACGCCGCAGAAUUCUGCCAGCCCAGCUGCGACAGGCUCCAACGCCCCUGUUACAGGCUAUCGGCGCAUGAUCAUCCCACCUCAACCCCCUCUAACCGCCACUAAGAAAUCCACCCCAAAACCACAGGUCCCUCCGACCGUCCCUCCUCCGGCUUCAUCAUCUCCACGGCCCCAAUACCAGCCUGCUCCCCAGCCUGUCCCAGCGUCCUACACCACCGCCUCUACUCCUAGCCAGCCCACCUUCAAUGUUCAGGUCAGGGCCGCCCAGCCUGGGCCCCAGCAGCAGCCGGUCCGCGGUCCAGCCCAGGUUCAGUACAUGCCGGCUCAACCCAGAGGCCCUGAUUUUGCAUACGGGCCUCCGCAGCCAGGAUUCUGCCCUGCUCCGUCUGGAGGCUACCAGGACCAGCACUAUGGUGGAGCUCCUGCUUAUGGAGGUCAGGAUACAUGGAGAGCUGAGCCAAGUCACCAUGCUGCUCCUCCAUCCAGCCAAGGGUACCAGCCCGCUCCCCCAAAAAAAACCUACAUCACUGACCUUCCUGCCAGCCUGACACCCUUCGGCGGUCGGCCUUCUGCUCCUCAUAAGGGUCAUCCUGAGGAGGAACUGGACCGUCUGACUAAGAAGAUGCUGUAUGACAUGGACAACCCCCCCUCUGAGGAGUAUUUUGGUCGCUGUGCAAACUGUGGGGAGAAUGUGGUCGGUGAGGGAACGGGUUGUACCGCCAUGGACCACGUCUUCCAUGUGGACUGCUUCAUCUGCAUGACCUGUGGCUCUAGGCUCAGAGGAAAGCCCUUUUAUGCCGUGGAAAAGAAGGCCUACUGCGAACCCUGCUAUAUCAACACCCUGGAGACCUGCAACAUAUGUAGUAAGCCCAUAAUGGAGCGUAUCCUGCGUGCAACUGGGAAGGCCUAUCAUCCCCAGUGCUUCAUCUGUGUGGUCUGCCAUCGGAGUCUGGAUGGUAUUCCCUUUACUGUGGACGCCUCCAACCACAUCCACUGCAUUGAAGACUUCCACAAGAAAUUUGCCCCUCAUUGCUCUGUGUGUAAAGAGCCCAUAAUGCCAGCACCUGGCCAGGAGGAGACAGUGCGUAUUGUGGCUUUAGACCGUGACUUCCAUGUGCAGUGUUAUCGCUGUGAGGAUUGUGGCUGUCUUCUCUCUGAGGGAGACAACCAGGGUUGCUACCCUCUGGAUGGCCAUGUUCUCUGCAAAAACUGCAACACCAGUCGCAUCCAGGCCCUCACUGCUAAGGCUACGACUGACCUCUGAGUAACACACAUAUCUACAUGCAGGUCCCUAAUAUUCCUGCAUUCAUCAAAGCCUGAGAAACACCAUAUCCUGUCACAUCACUGCACACAAAUAUUUAUGCUCAGACAAAUGCACAUGUACACAUAAAGCUAUCAUUCCACUUAAGGGGCCACGACUUGUCUUGUCGCUCAUGCACCUCCACACACUGCCUUGUAUUAAAAUUGCACUCAUUUUUUCUGUCCAACAAUUUUUAUUAGCAGAUGUAUUCACCAGUGCCCACUACAGCGGUUUGUAAACACCUAAACGAAUUAGGCCUUAACAUAUAGAGCAAGACUGUUAGAUUCUAACUGAUGUUCACAGCGCUGUUCAAUUGGGAAGUGGGAUGUUAAGAAACCCUCACAGAACAUCAUAGAAUCUGCCUUUAAAAAGGGACCAUGCUAGGGGACCUCGAAAAAGGGAUCGCUAUGCAUUCCAGUAUGUAUCCAACCUACAGCUUUUAUUUUAUUUUUAAUCUCUGCGUUAUAUUGUCACUUUCCAAAUACACUUUCACAUCGAGCUACUAGUAACACAUGAAGUCACACAAGUAUACAUUCUCUGCAAUGGCUUUAUGAAAUAAUUGGAAGUUUACGCAUCAUUCAAGCUUGUUAAACAUAUUUUUAAUCUCCUUAUGGCGGCUGUGAUAUUGGAGGUUUCAUGUUUGCUAAGGUACACUAUAUAGGAGUCAGUAUAGAAAGACCUGGACCUUCACCUUGACUCAUGCAUCACACCUGCUUCAUCGGUAUGUUUUUGUGUACAUACUCUACAGGUGUAUGUUUGUGAAUGCAUAGCCUUUCGAUUUACAUUUCUGAAUUCACCCUUUGAGAUGAAAGUUACCAAAGAGCUACAUUUACUUUCUCUGGGACAGUGUGUAUGUAUAUUAUUGUAUGCUUAUGAAAUCUAAUGGGAAGAGUAUUUUAUCCUUUAAGGACUGUGAAUGAUCUUCAGUAGCUCAGAAGCCUAAAUACGUUGUGGUUCAUUCCGUGCGGUUUCUUCCUCAGUGUACCGCUUCAAUUCAAGUGAAUUUAGCAAGAAAUAUUCUGCGCUUGGAACUUUUUUGUGGUUUGGUGUUACUUUUAUUUUUUUCAAAUUGCGCUCAGUUAUCUCAUUUAUUUGUAUAUCAUGAGUAAAAUGGUGAAAAGGUCUAAGGAUAAAAUAUAUGUAUUUAGAUAUGCACAGUGAAUUGUGCAAUAAUGUCACGGCAGAUUGAGAAUCGUUUGGUAUUAAAUAAAAAUGCUCAGAGGAAAAACUGUCAGAUUAGAUUUACAGUGUGACAAUCAGGGCUGAAAGGAUGUUGGAAUUGUGUUUUAUUUGAUCUAAUUUGAUCUAAGACUUUUAGGGCUGAUGAGAGACAGCCUGGUGACCAAUAUUUGAAAUAUCCUCAAAUUGUGAAUUUAUUGUAGUAUUAGUUAGAGUAGAGAUUUAUUGUAGUAUCACGUAAGAUAUAGAUAGACAUGAAAAUAUUAUUAAAAAUAGGAAAACCAUUUAGGGAGAAUAAUUUUUCUUUCGUAAUUUUAUAUAUGGACAAUAUCAUUAUGCAAAUGUCUUCUUUGUUGUUGCAUUGACACUUUACUAAGAAGGAUAUGCAGAAAUUGUUUAUAUUCGAUGAGAAAGUGUUCGAGCUGUUCUUAAAGCUACAAUGCACACAGUUUGGGAAAAUCUGAAAUUAUGUAUAUAUAUCUACAGAGUGCCAUUAUAAAUUUUGAGGUUUAGAGAGUCAACACCUCAGGAAAGUUCCAGUCAUAUCAGUGUGCUGCAGUGAUGCCCCAGGGAUCUUCCCCUCUGGUUAAAGGGUAAAUUCAGAUGUGAAAGUUAUGAUUUCUAUGCAAACCGGAUAUAAGUACACCUCUUGAUUUAUUAUGGCAGUUUGUGGAUUUUGUGUGUAAAAUGAAAUGCGCUGUAGCUUUAAGCCAUGAGAGCUUCAUUAGUGCUUCAGUGCUUCAAUCUGUACCUCUCAUUCUUAGUGCCUUUUCCAGCUUGUGUGAAACUGAGGUGGUGUUGUUUGAGCACAAACACAGCUGUGGCUUGUGGCUGAUGUUACUUGUUGAAGGAGAUGAUGUUUGAAUGGUCUGUUUUGUUUUUGAUGUUUUUUUUUUCAGCUUCUAUACA